AUGGCGUCGCCCCGGUCGCCUGCAGCUUCAGCCAGCAGCGCCGGCUCGAGACACUCUUUUGAACAGGAUCGCGAUCGUCCGCAAACACUCGAGGACCUUGUAAACCACUUCGUUGCUGCGAAGCGUUCCCUAAACUCUCAGACCGUGCUAUGGCGCGCCAACGAGAUUGUGACUACAGCACGAGAGCUGCUUGAGGAGAACGCAAUACUAGCAGCAAAGAAUGCCUCGAUACGGAACAUCGUAGAUCAGCAGGUAGACACAUUGGAGGCCGUCCGUCGUGGUGUAGACGUAGUAGAGGCUGAGGUCCAGGCUGAAUUCAAGCAAUUACUGCACGAUGUCGAUACCUCCUUCUCAGGUCUCAACUCGAUGCUCGCUGUACUGCGCGAGACCCCCAUCGAGGCUGCCCUUCAGCCACCUGGUACACCGCAGAAGCACCUCUACGACUUCAUCGACAGCACCACCGUCUCCAAUCUCGAAGGCACCUUGCGCGCCUGCAUAGAUCGAUACAACGAAGCUCUAGCCACGCUCGGUGACAGUAACGAUGCGUUCGAUACCUCCCUUGAUAAUCUCCACUCCUCGAUCGAGAACGUACCGAUGACCCCUGCUACCACCUCGAACCCAAGCCCAAUACCAAGCCUAUACCACGAUCUCGAAGGGCACGCAAAGGAGGCCGCACAAGCAUUUCAGGGACUAGUGCAACACUACGAUCUAUGCGUCACAGCGCUGCGACAUACGGAGGGAGGGUCAGCUGCUGCGACGCAGGCCACAGGCGACGCACCGUCUCAAUCUGGAGAUGAGUUCGCAGCUCCACCGGAGCCUAUGAGUGAAGGCGAGCGCCAAGAAAUGUUGACCGUGCUACAAAAGGACGCACACGAGGUCGAAGAGGUCGUUUCAGAGAUACGAGAGCGUGGAUCAGAGAUAACUUUCCUCUUGAACCAGAUCGAGAACCAUAUCAAUCACCUCCGCAACGAAGCGUCAGCGCUCUCGAGCAUUUUGCAAAUGAUAGCACAAAUCACAGCUGAAGUCAGGUCACACAUCUUGACCUCACGCUCAUUCCAUGUGUCGUGGCUCGACGAUACGCGACCGACACUUUUAAACGGCAUCGAAGAGUGGGAGAACCAGCGGGAGUUCUACGAGCGUUUUGAUCUUGCGUAUGCAGAGCUUUUGGUUGAAGUAUCUUCACGCCGAAGGAGGCAUGAGAAAGCGAAACGAAAGGCCGAAGAAGCGCAAAAAGAAUUGGACAAAUUGUUCACUGAGGACGAACGCGCAAGAGAGCAGUUCGCGCUUGCUCAGGGUGAUUUUCUACCUCUGGACAUAUGGCCUGAACUGAGAGACGCGCCGAGGCAGUACGAGGUCAAAGCUGUCGCUACAGACGUCCAGGGCGAUGAGCAGGUGGGUGAGCAGGAAGGAGCCAAAGGCCACAUCGUGCAAAGCAUACCGCAACUCGGGAGGAACGUGGUUGAACGAGCAUUGACGCGAGUCAAGAGGAGGAUGUGA